AUUGCCUCGCUGAACGACUAAAGACCACUAGAGACGACAGACGGUCUCAGUAAGGAAUUCCAAUGUUGUUAGGAAAGGAGCAAACUUGAGCUGCAAUUUUACCCAACACGUGUACCAGAAAUACGUUGGUCGUUGCAUGAAGCUUUCCUGAGGUGUGAUGACCAUGGAGAUUGGGGUGCUUUUCCGUUGGAUGGUGUGGGUCUUCCUUGCGGUAGUCUGUUUGCCUGCCUCAACGCAAGCCUACAAUAUCCUAUUCAUUUCAGGGCUGGGUGGGCCAGGAAGUCAUUUCUACACGGGCUCCGUCAUUGCUGAGACCCUGGUUAAGAGGGGACACAAAGUCACUUUCGUCAUCAGUGAUGCCUUCGGCUACCGUGCCAACAGCAGCCUGGCCGAACUCUUCGAUUUCGAGGUGUACCCUUCAACGGUCAGCCGGAGCCAAAUGCGCGAGGGCCUGGUCGCUUUCGGUGAAACGAGUCUGAGGGGCGAGCAGAGCUCGACCUGGGCCUGGCUCAAGCUGUGGAUGUCCGGCGCGCUCAAAGCUGAAGGCACCGGUCGGAUUCUGAACACCGCCAAAUCAUUCGGCAUCAAUGAGUUCUUUGCCGGUGAGUGUGACUCUGCCCUCUCUGAUAAUGCCAUGAUGGAGCGGCUCCGAUCUGCAAAAUUCGACAUCGUCGUCGGCGACAUCAUGUACCCUUGUUUCAUCCUGAUCGCGCAGAAGUUAAACCUCCGCUACGUGAACGUCAUGAACGGUAUCAUCAUGCCGAUGGCACACGGCCGGCUGGCGGGCAUUCCCAGCAAUCCGGCCUACAUACCUGGAGCUCUGACGAAGUUCACGGAUGAUAUGAAUGUCUUGCAGCGCUGCCUGAACGUCUUCGCCUAUAGCCUAAACGCCUUCCUGUACGACAACUUCUGUCUAGGGCCGUUCGAUCGUCUCAAAACUAAGUACGGAAUUCGACCGGAGAUGAGCACGUACGAGUCACUGGGUCGGUCCGAGCUAUGGAUGAUGAACACCGACUUCGCUGCAGACUAUCCACGGUCGCUGACUCCCAAUGUCGUACUCAUUGGCGGGCUGACAACAGCACCAGCUAAACCACUGGAUAAGGACUUGGAGGAAUUCAUGGAGGGAUCGGGCGAGCAUGGUGUCGUCAUCUUCACUCUGAGUUCCUACUUCAGCACCCUGGACGCCAGCCGGUCCGAUGACCUGGCGGCAGCCCUGGCCCGGCUGCCUCAGAGGGUGGUGUGGAAAUACGAGGGGGAACCUCCCGCUUCCCUGGGCAACAACUCCAAACUGGUCAACUGGUUACCGCUGAAUGACUUACUCGGUCAUCCUAAGACGAGAGCUCUGAUCAGUCACGGGGGUUUGAAUGGCGUGUUUGAGGCCAUCUACCACGGCGUUCCGAUCGUCGGGGUGCCGCUGGUCGGUGACCAGUUCGACAUUCUCGCUCGGAUCGAGCCUCGAGGAUUCGCCAAGAAAGUCGACAUCGACACGAUGACUGGUCAGAUAUUCCACGACGCCAUUGUCGAAGUCUUACAGGAUAAACGGUACAAAGAGAGCGCCACCAAGUGGUCCCGAAUCUUCCGAGACCAGCCGAACACUCCCAGGGACCGAGCAGCCAACUGGGUGGAGCACGUCACCAAAUAUAGCGGUGGUUAUCUUCGCCCCAAGUCGCUGGAUUUGAACUUUUUCCAGCUGCACUCUCUCGACGUCUUGCUCUUUCUUGGGGUCGUCGGCUUCUUGUUUGCCUACGCGUUUUAUUUCGUCACGAGGAUGAUAUGUCGUUUGAUAUGUUGUCGUGGCAACGCAAAGAGCGGGAAAGAGAAAAGCGAAUAGAAAGCGAUUUUUAGAAAAAAAACCAAAAAACGAAACCGAGUCACUGACAAACAUGGGCCAGUGGGACGAGCUGGCUGUGUGAUCAAGGAGGAGAAUCUGUGAUUGAAUCAUAGAGCAAGGACUUGAAUACAUACACCAACUACAGUGGGAUGGAGCGACCCGCAAUUCUCCAAUAUUCCAACCACUUAUAAAUGUAUAUUUGGAUUUAUAUCACCGUGUGUCGUCUUCAGUACAGAGGCUUAUACUCGAAAACCUUCGCAUGCAACUAAGGCCUAACGCCGCCUGUUAAUUAAGGGUUACUUUGUGGUAUUGCAAAUAUUUUGGUGCAUAAGAGGUCUCUUUGUUUUUCCAGUCUGUAGUUGAUAGUUAGGGUGCUAGUCUUAUCUUAAGAAUUUUCUUAAUGAAAUAUCUGUCUUGUGUCAUUGUAUCAUUCAAGUUCACGGUUCAAUUAUUGUAUUUAAUAUUUCAUAAAAUCUGGAGAUAUAUAUAAUUUAAAAAUAAAACUUUUAAAAUUGGGUGGAAUACACUCAUCAUUAAUGUCCAUUCAUUACCAAUCUAUGAUGUACUUGCUCUUUAAAAUACAAAGGAUUUUAUCCCAAUCAGUCUCUGACAUCAGAACCCAGACAUCAAUAAGUACAUGCACAGGGUAAGUAAAAAAAAAAAAUCAAAUCAAAGGGCGAGUAAAAAA